AUGCGGCUUGUUGAGGACAGCGAUAUCAUAUUAAUUGAGCCGAUGGACGAAACGGCUGCACACGCUCUGCUGCAUAAGAAGCUGAGAGACAAGGCUAAGCAGAGCGAAAGCAACAGCGACAGCAACAACGACGUUGCCGAGCUGGCAGCAGCGCCCGAUCACAUGCCGUUCGCUCUCGUGCAGACACCGGCAUAUUUUCUGACGAGCUUCUUCGACCGGCAGGGCAUACCUGAAGCUCUGUUGCGCAGUCCGAGCCGCACAGCGGGAAAUGACAACUUUAAGGAUAUUCUUACGGCGCGAGACUACUCCCUCGUCACGGUAACAGAGGAUGCACACACAUUUGGGAUGCACAACCUGGUGCAGCAAGUGACGCGCAAGUGGCUUGAAAGCCAGAAGCAGUUCAAUAAGUAG